AUGGAGAAUGAUGUUUUUACCCGCCGAAAGCUAGAGGAGUGGUUCGAGAAGUCUCCUGUUACACCUUCUGCCUCUUUUGAGUGUUCCACGCCUGCUUAUUCUUCGACAAUCGCUGCUCAGUCUCUUGGUGACGACAUCGAAAGAGAAACAUCUGACAUUCCGGUUUCGAAUGCAGAUGGAACCCUUCAGGAAACCAGGACCAUACUGGGAAACGGCACUGUUUUUAUCGAAGGGCAGUUGAAAGAGGAACUUCCGAUUUGUGAGAUUGACAAGUUACAAGAUGAGUUGCGAUCGCGACUGUUCGCCGCGGAUUUUUCUUUUCAAAUCGACGAGGAUCUUCUCGCGGAUGAGGAUAACACCCCUAUAUAUCUGGGCUCUCUAUACAAGUGGAGUAAAUCUUUCUUGGAAUCAUUGAAGGUUGUCGAGUACUCAAAAGCCACUCACCAAACCAAGUACUAUUCGGUCAGCGCGAGGUCUAGUCGCUUUGAUGUCCGGUUGUAUUUUCUCAUCCAGGACGCCCCGAAUGUAGGGCAAAGUAGUUUCUUGCCGCAGGCGGAGGUUAUGUAUCUGCCUAACACAGCUUUACAUGGAGCAUGGGAAAGGCUUGUUUUCGAUGACGGCCACAAGUCGAAUCUUGUAUGGAAAAUAACUAACAUGAGUGAGGUUGCCUUCAGUUACGCUAGCGUUGUGUCUGAUGUGCGACACGAGAGUGCUAGAAUUGUUGACGAUAUUUGCACCACGCUUGCGGUACUUUGCAAGGACGAGCCCUGCGAAUUCAACUGUGUUCUAAUUGACGAAGUUGAGUCGUUGACUAUGUCGAGACAGAGAGGUUGCCUUAAUGGAGAAUCACAGGAUACAUUGAGGGCGACAAAUGCGCUUUUGACGGGGCUUGAUCGACUAAAAGUUUAUUCCAACAUACUGUUCCUCUGCACAUCCAAUAUGCCGGAGCUGAUGGACUCCGCCUUCCUUAACAGAUGCAGUCUUCAGAUGGUCAUCGAGCCCCCUGGGAUGGAGUCACGAUAUGCAAUUCUCCGUGGUGAGUUGCAGAGGCUGAUCCGCAUUAAUGCCAUCAACCAUCAAGGACAAAUACCAUCACUCUCAGAUGCUAGACAAGAAGACAAUGCAGGAACGGAUGGCGUUGGUUGUCGAUUAUUGGACAUAGUGAAGCAUAUUGGCAAGAUAGUCGCUGUAUCUCCUGAGGGACAGGAAAAUAGCGCAAGGUUUCUGUCUCAGCUCCCGCAGGAAGCCAUUGAACUCUACCUCCGUGAUCAAUACUGCAGCUUGCAGAUGGCGUUUUCCUUUAUGGAGCGCUUCCUCAAGAUUGAUCAUCUCCGCACUCCCGAAACUCGCAGCAUUAGCAAGGCUGAUCUAGUCUGUAGUGGAUGUGACAAGUCCAGAAGAAGAGAAGAUCCAGUUUACAAUACGGCUCUUAAAAUAGCACAAAGCCGAGAUGGCACUGGAAAACGCCAACUAGAAAUAUAUACCGCUGGUGAUGAAGCUGAGGUACUCGAAGACUUGUGGAACUUUUUAGAAGGGAGACGCAAAAAGACUCGAGUGAUAACAACAGCAAGAGAAAUCACCACACCAUCAUUGGAAACCCAUAUUCAAACCGACAACUUACAAGAGGAGAAUGACCCGGAGAAUGAUAACACAAUUCUGUGCCAUGAAGAGAAUAGUACUUGGGAUAAGGCACACCACCGAGCGCUGGAGCUGCGACCGGAGCUUUUCCUCCGGCAUGAUGAUCAAUUACAGAAUGUGAGCCACAUAUACGUUUUCACCCAAGAGCCACCCACGUUGACUGAUUACAGUAGCAAACAAAUUUAUAGCUCGGCAAAGCUUUAUCCUGAAAAAAAGUCCAGCGACACAACCGUACGGGAAUGCUCAUAA